AAUAACAUCUAUUAAUAUCUUAAUGUGAAUCAUUUAUAUAGAUUAAAAAAAACAAAAAUUAUUAAAAAUUAGAAUCAAAUCAACUCUAGGAGCAAACAGAGGGGAGACCUUGCUGUUUCUUUAUCCUCCUCUCUUUGCCCACCAAAAGAAAAAUAAGAAAAGGGGGCCAAAACACACAACUAGGGUUUGAAUCCAAUCAAGGCCAUGGCAAAAUACCCAAAGUUUAUUCAUCCAUUGUAGGUCAUCAAAAGUGUUACUAGAGACUGAUGAAAAGAAAGGUCUUGCCCCUAGAUUUGCUUUCACUUGCUAAGGAGAGAGGAUAGAGAGAGAGAGAGAGAGAGAGAGAGAGAGAGAGAGAGAGAAAUAACAACAUGGAUCAAACCCUAGAUUCCAGAUAUUGGUGCCACCUUUGUGCAAUAGUAGUUGAUCCUAUCACGGACCCGGAGAUUAAAUGCCCUUUCUGCGAAAGUGGCUUCGUGGAAGAAAUGAAUAGUGCGGACCUCGAAUCUCUCUCCUAUCGAAGGUCAAACCGAGCCGUUUCACAAAGAAACCCUAAUUUACUUGGAUUGAUGGGUGGUUCUUCAACUCGAUCGAGAGAUCAAACCGGCGAAGAAGAUGAAGGUGAUCGCGAGUUCAAUUACUUGUUUAGGAGGAGAAUGCGGAACUUUGUCCUACUUCGAUUGCUCGAAGGCAUAAGGGAUGAGUUUAGACUAAAUUUGGACAAUUUCGAUGGUGAAAUUCCAAGGGAAAGCGAUCUAGAGAGAGAAAGAGAAGGUAGGAUGCUUAUCAAUUCUCUUGGUCGUUCCACAAUUCUACGAGAACCCCUCGAAUCAAGUGCGAACCGAGAUGAAUUAAACAACGCAAGUACAUUUUCCUCGUUCGAAGACUACCUUUUUGGAUUGGAGCUUCUACUGCGGUAUUUAUCGGAAAAUGAUCCAAGUCGAUAUGGCUCCCCACCGGCUAAAAAGGAGGCGGUCGAUGCGUUGCCUAAUGUGAAAGUCGCAGAAAACCUAAGCUGUUCAGUUUGUCUUGAUGAGUUCGAAGUUGGUUCGGAGGCAAAGGAAAUGCCAUGCAAGCACAAGUUCCAUGCGAAUUGCAUCUUACCGUGGUUGAAAUUGCAUAGUUCUUGCCCAGUUUGUAGAUUUCAGUUGCCGAGCGACGAAUUGAAGGAUUCGGGCGAAUCAUCUACUGCGAAUAGAGUGGAAAAUGGUGACAAUGAUAGCGGUGAUUUGGGUAGCAAUAGAGAAAGCAAUACUGAUAGAGGAAAUACUAGUCGACCGUGGCCCCCUCUACCUUGGCCUUUUAAUGGCUUGUUUUCUUCAUGGGGAUCGCGGGAAAGUAGGGAUCCUUCUUCGAAUCCUUCUUCAUCGUCAUCAUCAACUUCCUGAAGUUAAUAAAAUGUGCAGAGUUACUGCAGAAAUGCUGUUUAUUCGAAGAAGCACUAAAAAUCAAUGGUUAUUGAAAUCUCCUCAUUAGCUUUGUGUUGCCGUAGGAGCAGAAGCUUCAAAUUGGAGCAAGGCCUAAAAAGCUGAUUUUGGCUUUCUGCCAUAUCAAAAGCUCCGGAAUUUCUUUGCGAGAAGCUGUUCCAGGAGCCAGGCGAGCCAAGUAAGUAGGCUUAUUCUCCAUUAUACAUAUUUGGAACUCAAGCAACUCCUUUGCAAAAUAAUUGUGAAAAAAGAUGUUAAUUUAAGCUUUUCCCUCUCUGCUUCAUGUUAUCAGUUAUGUACAGAAUGUUAAUUGAAUUCAGUGGAGAUUCUUUCGUCUGCUUUUGUAAAAUUUCA